AUGUCUACUACCUCUUCCAUCGACGUCCUUGUCGUCGGCGCCGGCCCUGUCGGCCUUACGGCUGCGCUCGCACUCGUCCAAAGCGGCGUCAAUGUGCGCAUCAUCGACAAGCAGCCCAUCCAGAACGUCGGCCAACGUGGCGCGGGUCUUACCCCCCGCACGCUCGACGCCUUCCAUUAUCUGGGCGUCCUACCGGACAUCAAAAACGCCGGAGGGCCAAUGGUUCCAAUGCAGGCGCACAAUCCGAUGGGCAAGCCCGUCCGGCAGUGGAUGAUGAUCCCGCCUUUCGACGUCACCCCCAACGUUCCGGAGCCCAACCAUGUUCUUCUCGGUCAAGACUCUACAUCUCGGGUACUACGCACGCAUCUCGAGGCCCGCGGUGUGAAGGUUGAGACGUCUGAGCUCGUUACUCUCAAGCAAGACGCGGAUGGAGUGACCGCUACUAUCAACCAUGAAGAUGGGGCUACGGAGACUGUUCGAGCGAAGAUCCUUUAUGGCGCAGAUGGCGCGAAAGGUGUUACUCGCAAGCUUGUACAAGCACCCUUCAUCGGCGAGUCCCCAGACAUCAGUCAGCUCAUCGGCGACGUCGAGCUCUCCGGCGUCGACCGCGCACACUGGAAUAUCUACGGUGACGCGGAUGGGAACAAGCUCAUGAUUCGCCCCGCACCGGAGGUCGAUAACCUCUACUUCAUCGUCGCGUCUGGACCAGCUCUAGAUAUCCAGAAGGCCCUGGCCGAUGAUGCUGUUGUGCUCAACUUCUUGCACGACGUGACCAAGAACGCGGACAUCAAGCUGUUGAAGAAGCGUGUAUUGGCGGAGUGGAAGCUGAACGUCCGUAUGGUAGACAAGUUCAUGUAUGGGCGGGUGAUUCUUGCUGGCGAUGCUGCACAUUGCCACCCGCCUGCCGGUGGUCAGGGACUGAACUCUGGUGUCAUGGAUGCGAUGAAUAGCGCCUGGAAAGCCGCGCUCGUCUGCAAGGGUCUCGCCCCCUUAUCCGUCCUGGAUACCUAUACAAGCGAGCGUCACCCCGUCAUUCAAGAGAUGCUUCAGAUCACAACCGGCAUCUUCCAAGGCUUUGGCAAGACGGAUGCCAAAACCUUCUCUUUUGAUAACCCCAUCGCACUACGCCAGCUUGGCGUGCACUGCCGCUGGAGUCCCGCUGUGCGCGAUGAACUCGAUGGUACUCCGGUAGAGGGCGACUCUACAGAAGUCAAGAUCACCGGCAGCACUUAUGGCUCCAACAGCCCGGACCGUCCGCACGCUGGUGAUCGCGCACCCGACGCACCCGCGCUUGUUGGUGCCGACGGAAAGGAGACUCGCUUGUUCGAGAUCUUCUCAGUGGCCCGUCACACUGUUUUGAUCUUCGAUCCAAGUGUCGCGCAGGAUGUGGCAGCGGCUGUAGCUAAGCUACCCGAAGGCGUCGCUCGCGCUAUUGUGCUUCAAUCCGCAGAUAAUCUGGCUGGCCAGGCCGUCGAGACUUAUACCGAUAGCCAGGGGCAUGCGGCGCGCUCGUAUGGAAUCGAGAGCGGCGUUAAGGUCGCUAUUAUUCGGCCUGAUGGCGUUGUCGGUGCUGUGUUGCGAGGCGCCGAGGGUGUACAGACUUACUUCACUGGGAUCUUGAAGACGGUUGCGUAA